CUCCCCUAGCCUUCCUCCGGCCGGGAUCCGGACUCACGUCGCUGUGCGCCGGUUGCUCUUUGACCUGGGUGGUGGUCCCGGCUGCGGCCCGCCUCUCACCAUGCGGCUUCUUGGCUGGUGGCAGGUACUGCUGUGGGUGCUCGGGCCUCCCGCCCGCGGCCAGGAGGAGAAAAGAGGUCACUUAUGGGCAGAGGAGCAGCCUGCAUACCCAUUCCAGGUGGGGGCUGUGUACAUGAGUGAGGAGGAGCCUCCAGUGGGCCAGGACACACCCAGAGAAGAGGCCGAUGCAGUGCUGGGGCUGGACGCAGAUGGCGACCACAUGGUGAUGUUGUCUGUGAUCCCUGGGGAAGCCGAGGACAGACUGAGCUCAGAGCCCAGCGGCGGCACCUGCGGGGCUGGAGGGGAGGAGGACUCCAGGUGCAAUCUCCGGGAGAGCCUCUUCUCUCUGGACAGCGCUGGAGCAAGCUUCCCAGAUAGAGAAGAGGAGUAUUACACGGAGCCUGAAGCGGUGGAAUCCGACCCAACUCCGGCGGAGGACUCCAACAGCACCGAAAGUCUGAAAUCCCCAAAGGUGAACUGCGAGGAGAGAAAUGUGACAGGCUUAGAAAAUUUCACUCUGAAAAUUUUAAAUAUGUCACAGGACCUCAUGGAUUUCCUCAACCCAAACGGUAGUGACUGCACACUAGUCCUGUUUUACACCCCUUGGUGCCGAUUUUCUGCCAGUUUGGCCCCUCAUUUUAAUUCUCUGCCCCGGGCGUUUCCAGCUCUUCAUUUUUUGGCACUGGAUGCAUCUCAGCACAGCAGCCUUUCUACCAGGUUUGGCACCGUAGCUGUUCCUAACAUCUUGUUAUUUCAAGGAGCUAAACCAAUGGCUAGAUUUAAUCAUACAGACCGAACACUGGAAACACUGAAAAUCUUCAUUUUUAACCAGACAGGUAUAGAAGCCAAGAAAAAUGUGGUGGUAACUCAAGCAGACCAAAUAGGCCCUCUUCCUAGCACUUUGAUAAAAAGUGUGGACUGGUUGCUUGUGUUUUCCUUAUUCUUUUUAAUCAGUUUUAUUAUGUAUGCCACCAUUCGAACUGAGAGUAUUCGGUGGCUAAUUCCAGGACAAGAGCAGGAACAUGUGGAAUAGUGAUGGACUGAAAGGGGAGUUGGAAAGAAUUUCAGUCCUUCAUUUCGGAAAUUAAUGCUGCAACAUCAUACCUUUUCUCCAGUGAAGUGUUGACUUACAACUUCGGUCAGGUUAAAAGAGUCAUGCAUUUGUUGAACUGAUGAAUGUGUCAAAAAUUAUAAACUGAUGUUUUAAGUAUUGCAAUAAGCAAAUGUAAAAAUAUUUAAUAGAAUCCACCAUUCUUGUUUUUACUACUUGAACAUAACCCAGUAUUUUAAGGGAGUAAUCCAGUUUGACCUGUGAAGGUGUAUUCUGGUGGAAUAGCAGCUAGAAUGACAAUAUGCUUACCCUAUAGAAGGCAGACAUAGGACUUUCAGGUUAUAGUCUUAGAAAACUCUUGAUUUCUUAUACACGUCUACGGAGGUUGGUUUUCUGUCCAUUUGCCAUUUCUCUCCCAGAGCCAAUAAGCAGGAAAGCAUUCUGUUAUGGGAAGAACAGUUAGAAUCCUUAAGUGUGACCUUAUAGGUAGCAACUGAUGGGAAAAUAAAGGAGUCAAAUACCUUGGUG